AAUACCAGACGGGAGAGGCGGAAAGAAGCAAAUCCAUCUCCAAAAGCGGAAGAUUCGAAUCAUCUUUUAGAUCUGUUCCGAUCCCUCUGUCGUCGGCUACCGCUUUCUCUCGGUGGUCGUCCGUGGAGCAACGGCGGGGGAUUGGAGGUUUGUGCGGGGUGUCUCUUUCUUUCCCCUUUCUUGUUCUGGUUUCCGGAGAGGGGUUCGUGCGGUCCUGAAGAGAGUAGGAGGAGGAUGGCGGCCGCGGUGAGGAAGGCCAUGGCGCGGUGGUUCUUGUGGUUCGUGCUCGUCUGUAGUCCCCUCGGCAGAGUUCUUGCUAACGUGGAAGGUGAUGCUUUGAACAGUCUUAAGACCAACUUAAUCGAUCCAAAUAAUGUGCUGCAGAGCUGGGACCCGACUUUGGUCAAUCCGUGCACAUGGUUCCAUGUUACUUGUGACAGCGAUAACAGUGUCAUAAGAGUCGAUCUUGGAAACGCAGACUUAUCUGGAAAUUUGGUUCCCCAACUUGGUUUGUUGAAGAAGUUGCAAUAUCUGGAACUUUACAGUAACAAUAUUAAUGGCACGAUUCCUAGCGACCUUGGAAAUCUGACGAAUCUGGUGAGCUUGGAUCUGUACCUAAACAAAUUCACCGGUGAAAUACCUGAUUCGUUGGGGAACCUAAAGAAUCUGCGUUUCCUUCGGCUUAACAACAAUAGUCUUUCGGGUCACAUUCCUGGAUCUUUGACCACCAUAAUUGCUCUUCAAGUUCUAGAUUUAUCAAACAACGGGCUGUCUGGAGAAGUUCCAUCGAAUGGAUCAUUCUCGCAAUUCACUCCCAUCAGUUUUCAAAAUAAUGCUCAAUUAUGUGGCCCGGGUGCUUCAAAAGCCUGUCCUAAUUCGCCUCCAUUAUCUCCACCACCUCCAUUUGUUCCACCGCCACCUUCAUCAGGAGGAAGUAGUGCCUCCAGCAUUGCAGCGAUUGCUGGUGGGGUUGCUGCAGGUGCUGCCUUGCUGUUUGCUGCACCUGCUAUUGGUUUUGCCUGGUGGCGUCGUCGCAAGCCACAAGAACAUUUCUUUGAUGUGCCUGCUGAAGAGGAUCCAGAAGUUCAUUUGGGCCAGCUUAAAAGGUUUUCUCUCCGAGAAUUACAAGUUGCAACUGAUAGUUUCAGUAACAAGAACAUUUUAGGCAGAGGUGGAUUUGGGAAAGUCUAUAAAGGACGGCUUGCGGAUGGUUCACUUGUAGCUGUAAAGAGGCUAAAAGAAGAACGCACCCCAGGUGGGGAGCUUCAGUUUCAAACUGAAGUUGAGAUGAUUAGCAUGGCUGUGCACCGUAACCUACUUAGACUUCGCGGAUUUUGUAUGACUCCUACUGAACGAUUGCUUGUGUAUCCAUAUAUGGCUAAUGGAAGUGUUGCAUCAUGCUUAAGAGAACGUCCACCAUCAGAGCCACCACUUGAUUGGACAAUUCGGCGGAGGGUUGCAUUGGGUGCUGCAAGGGGGCUGUCCUACUUGCAUGACCAUUGUGAUCCAAGAAUUAUUCAUCGUGAUGUUAAAGCUGCAAAUAUUCUGUUGGAUGAGGAGUUUGAGGCAGUUGUAGGGGAUUUUGGCUUAGCCAAACUAAUGGACUACAAGGAUACCCAUGUCACAACUGCUGUCCGUGGAACGAUAGGUCAUAUUGCUCCAGAAUACUUGUCAACAGGGAAGUCCUCUGAGAAAACUGAUGUUUUUGGGUAUGGAAUCAUGCUUCUGGAACUGAUCACAGGUCAAAGAGCAUUUGAUCUUGCUCGGCUUGCAAAUGAUGAUGAUGUCAUGUUGCUUGACUGGGUGAAAGGUCUUCUGAAAGACAAAAAACUGGAAAUGUUAGUGGAUCCAGAUUUGCAGAACAACUACAUCGAAGCUGAAGUGGAGUCGCUUAUCCAAGUUGCGCUGCUAUGCACUCAGGGCUCACCAUUGGAACGACCCAAGAUGUCGGAGGUGGUAAGGAUGCUCGAAGGAGAUGGUCUUGCCGAGAGGUGGGAGGAAUGGCAGAAGGUUGAAGUGGUGCGGCACGAUGAGUUGGCCCCGCAUAAUCACAACGAGUGGAUUCAAGAUUCCACUGACAACCUUCAUCCAGUGGAACUAUCUGGGCCUAGAUGACCUUUUCACAAAAUUGAUGAAAGAAACACACUAAGGUCACUUCUCUUUAUCUCAUUCAUGUCUCCUAUAACGACAUUCUGUGUCAAGUGAAAUCACAUUUGUAUUCCUUGUUUUCUGUAUAUGGGGGGCAUUGUAUUGUUUACAGUAAUUUUAUUCUAUGUAUAUUUUACUGGAUGUAAUGUAAAUUUUUAGCCUUUGCCAAGAAGAGCUAUGUAUCAACAUCAAGCUUUUAUUA